AUGGCGGACACGUGUGGACAGGUUUUGCUGGGGUCGGGGCUGACUGUCCUCUCUCAUCCGCUCAUGUACAUCAAAGUUCUCAUACAGGUUGGACAUGAGCCACUUCCGCCAACUUUAGGCAGGAACCUGUUCGGCCGGCAGGUGUACCAGCUGCCUGGCCUGUUUGCCUAUGCAAAACACAUAGUGAAGAUCGACGGUAAAUCCGGUCUGUUUAAAGGUCUGGUUCCAAGGCUCUGCGCUGGUACUUUGGGGACAGUGGUGCACAGCCAAGUGGUGCAGAAAUGCCACGAGAACGACAAUGUCCGGCUACCUGGCGGCCCACAGAAAUCUCAAGCUGGUUCCUUGGAGCAUGUUGUGAAUGAGACGACCAAAGAAAUGAUCGCUCGCUCCUGUGCCACAGUUGUCACACAUCCUUUUCACGUGAUAACAUUAAGAUGCAUGGUGCAGUUUAUUGGCAGAGAAACAAAGUACAGUGGUAUCUUUGACUCUGUUGUCACCAUCUACAGAGAAGAGGGUGUUCUUGGGUUCUUUGCCGGCCUGAUCCCUCGUCUGCUGGGAGACGUCCUGGCGCUCUGGAUCUGUAACAUGCUGGCUCACUUCAUCAACACUUACGCCAUUGACGAUUCGAUGAGUCACACCGGGGAAAUGAAGAACUGCUCUCAGGCCGUGACGGGGUUCUUUGCCAGUAUGCUCACCUACCCCUUUGUUCUGGUGUCUAACCUAAUGGCCGUAAAUAACUGUGGACUCUCCGGAGGACUGCCUCCUUAUGCUUCUGUGUAUCCCAGUUGGAUCGACUGCUGGAGGCAUCUAAGCAGAGAGGGCAACAUGAGCAGAGGAAACAGCUUAUUUUUCCGGAAACUUCCAGCGGGAAAGAUGUACGCGCUGGAGCAGAAGAGAUUUUUUUAA